UUUCUCUUAUCCUAUUGACAAUUAUUGUAAAACCCACUCUCAUACUUUAGUUGGUUCGUUGGGGCCGUUUGAUUCUCGGGAGAGGUGAAAAGAUUUUUCCGGGUCUUUUUUUUUGCCCGUCAGGGCUUCGUCCUCACGCUCACGCCUUCGUCCUCACAAAACAAUCCAAACCAUGUAUCGAUCCUUGUUUUCCGAUUCUCAGCAGUAAACCUCUGCAGAUGCCGGUUCCUCCGAUUGAUGAUCACGGAGCGAGCCGUCGAUGGGUUGAGGAUGAGAUUAGGUAAAUUCCCCCAAUUCUGCCAUUGAAGACGAUCGAGCCACCUGCGAGGAGCCGCUUCAAUCCCCUGCCCUCCGAUGUUCCACGUCCGUCAUCUUUGUCUCCCCUCUGUGUUCGUUUGUUGAAGAUGGAAAAAAAGGAACAGCAGAUGAGUUCUACCAUUCUGAGAUCUUUAGUCUCACAACCACCCAACAGUAACGUCAGCAGAUGCGUCUUUCUUCUCCAAUCGUGUGCGUCCAACGGAGCUGUCAACCGUGGACAGCAGGCUCACUCAUGGAUUAUCAUCAGCGGCUUACAGCAGAUCCCUUUCUUGGUCACCAGCCUUAUCAAUAUGUAUACUCGAAGUGCCACCAGCCAUGGGAAGCUGUCAAGGUUUUCCGUCACACAAUUGAACCGAAUGUGCUCGUGGAACGCCCUCAUUGCUGGCCUGGUUCACGAUCAUUACUUCUCAGUUGGGUUCUAUCACGAGAUCAAUGCCAGCCAUGUCCGUGGAGACAAGUUCACCUACCCAUGCGUGCUCAAGGCUUGGACCAAUCUGCAGGACCCUUGGGAAGAUUACGCACGCCAACUGUUUGAUAAAAUGAUUGAGCGAGACGUUGUAUUGUGGAACUCGAUGAAUAGCGGGUAUGCGCAAAGAUGUAGAUUGUUGAAGCUUUGGAGGUGUUUCGGCUGAUGGCAGAAGGAAUCGAACUCAGCAACUAUACCACAACCGGGAUUCUGUCAGUGUUAGCAGCAAAGGGGGACGUUGAAAGAGGCAGAAAGAUUCGUAGUUAUGUUAGGGACCAUAGUUUACAGGACGAUGUUGUGGUAUGCAACUCCUUGGAUAGAUAUAUAUGGGAAAUGCAAGAGCUUCAAAGAGGCUAGGCAAGUAUUUGAUGAAAUGACGCAGAGAUAGGAUUUUCGUGGAACUCCAUUAUUUUAAACAAAUUUAUGGAAUUUUAUUUCUCAA